AUGGCCGCGGUGCUGAGGGCAGCGCUGGCGCUGGGGCUGCUGGCGGCCGUGAGGGCGGCGGCGGGCGGCAGCCGGCGGCGGCAGGCGGAGCAAUUCCUGCAGAAGUACGGCUACCUGGGAGCAGCACACCCCAGCCCGCACAGCCCCGUGGAGUUCACGGCGGCGCUGAGGGACUUCCAGCGGGUGAGCCACCUCCUGCCCAGCGGGGUCCUGGACGCCCCCACGCUGCGGCAGAUGGGCCGCCCGCGGUGCGGCACGGGCGAUGGGGAGAGCUGGGGCCACCUUGCCGCACCGCGCCACCGGCGCUCGGCGCAGCAUGGCAGCAAGUGGCACAAGCGGCACCUGACGUACCGGGUGGUGAACUGGCCGCCGUACCUGCCGCAGCACGAGGUGCGCCUGGCCGUCAGGGCCGCCUUCGAGCUCUGGAGCAACGUCUCCUCGCUGGUCUUUUGGGAAGCGCGGGACGGCCCGGCCGACAUCCGCCUCACCUUCUUCCACGGGGACCACAACGACGGGCUCAGCAACGCCUUCGAUGGGCCAGGAGGUGCCCUGGCCCACGCCUUCUUCCCCCGCCGCGGAGAAGCCCACUUCGACAGUGCUGAGCGCUGGUCCCUGCGCAGCGGCAAGGGGCGCAACCUCUUCGUGGUGGUGGCGCACGAGGUCGGCCACACGCUGGGGCUGGAGCACUCCCCCGCCCGGAGCGCCCUCAUGUCCCCCUACUACAAGAAGCUCAGCAAGGACUUCGUCCUCAGCUGGGAUGACAUCUUGGCCAUCCAGAACUUGUACGGGAAGCCCUCCAGGGGCUCGGCCAUCCAGCUGCCGGGAAGGGUCUUCACUCACUUCCAGGACUGGAGCGGGGACCUGUACGGCGGGGACCGGCAGCGGCAGGGCGCCAGCACCUAUUACUGCCACUCCUUCUUCGACGCCGUGACCGCCGACGCGGACCACAGCCUGUACAUCUUCAAGGGCGGCCACUUCUGGGUGGUGUCGGCCAGCGGCAAUGCCAGCCAGCCCCAGCCGCUGCACGCGCGCUGGCCCGGCCUCCCCGCCGGCAUCGACGCCUGCGCCUGCUCCCCGCUCAGCCGCAGCUUCUACUUCUUCAAAGGCGGCCGAUGCUGGCGCUACCAAGGCUCCACCCUGGCGUCAGGCUUCCCGCAGAAGUGCAGCGCCCGCGGCCUCCCGCGGCACCCCGACACGGCCCUCUACUUCCAGCGGCUCCGGCGCCUGGUGCUCUUCAAGGGCGCCAAGUACUUCGUGGCGAGCGAGGAGACCCUUGCCGUGGAGCCCUACUACCCCCGCAGCCUGCGGGACUGGGACGGCGUCCCCCCCGGCACGACGGGGGCCCUGACGCACCGCGACGGCUCCGUCUACUUCUUUCGGGAUGAGCAGUACUGGCGGUUCGACCAGGCCAAGCUGCGGGUGGUGGCCACAGGCAAGUGGGCCACGCAGCUGCCGUGGAUGGGCUGCUGGGACGCCAACGGCGGGCAGGUCCUCUUCUGAGCCCUGCCGCCGCUGCCGAGCAUCAUUCCUGAGCGUGCUGGGACGAAACGGGGGCUGAGCCCCAUCUCGGUCCUCAGCGUGGACCCUGCUGUCUCAGGACAGCUCUCGGGGUCCCGAAGCAGUGUCCCCGAGCAGCGAGGAUGUGGCUGGGACGAGGCAGCCUCCAGCCCAGCAGGUCCGACCUCGCCAGGUGGGCUGUGAUGUUGGGGAGGAGGCAUUUCUUUAAAAAAAAAGAAAAAGCCCACAAGAAAACAUGGAGACUGCAAUCGUACACGUUUCUGAUAACUUUCAGGAUUGUUUUAUGCCUUUCUUUCAAGCCAGGACUUGUUUGUUGCUACUUUAUUUGUUGUUUUCCUGCGAUCAGGCAGAGAAGUGCCUUGCCGAUGGGUGCUGUAGGGCUCGGGUGUUUUUAAAUGAGUGACUUAGAAUGUUUUCCCAUUAAAACAAGAAGAGAGACAUUUGGACAUAACCAUGGGCCCAGGCUGAGCUCUGCAAGAGACAGCGAGCAGGACAGACGGAUGUGUCCAUGCACACAGGCUCACGAGGACGGCCUGGCCACACAGUCCUCGUUCCUUUUACAAACCUCGAAUGCUGCACCCACCACUGCCACCGGGACGGGCAUUGUCCCCGAGAGUCCACGGGGAACGUGGGGUCCCCAGGGCUCGACCUCCGUGCGAGCAAACGCCAGCAUCCCUGUCCCUGGCCAGGACAGGGCUGAGCGCUGUGGAACGUCCUCUGAUUUGACAUUUUGGAGCAUUUCGGUUUGUUUUCUGUGAUAUUUGUGAAUGAACCCUUCCUGUGCAGAUGCGGGGCGCGCACACAGCUUGAAAUCUC